UAUUUUUGUACGGAGGGAAAAGUGAUUUUGUGACGAAAACGAAACGCAAAUUUCGUUGAAUUGAUAAGCAUCAUGGGUGUUGAAGACGAAGUUUUGGAUAUUCAAAGAAAAUUGGUGAAAAUUAACUCAAACAAUGGUUCGGACCAAGCGUUGGAUCUAUUGAAGACGUUGAAAAAUCUUAAGAUCGACCUGAACAUCUUGACAAAAACACGAAUCGGAAUGACUGUGAAUGAAUUGCGGAAAACUUGUGACAACGAAGAGGUGAUUUCUUUGAGCAAAACGUUGAUAAAAAAUUGGAAAAAAUAUUUGCCAGCAAGCAAGUCGAGCUCCAGUCAAAGUUCGUCGAGCUCCAGUCAAAGUUCAAAGUCAUCCUCGAAAUCAUCAUCAUCGUCGUCGUCGAGUAGCAACCACAAGAAAUCGGAUUCUCACAAGGGUGACUCGGACCGGAGUCAAUCGAAGAACAGCUCGAGCAAUGGCAACAAAUCCAACUCGUCAGCAAGUUCAACCACCGAUGCUGUUCGACUAAAAUGCCGUGAAUUGCUGGCUCAAGCCAUUCGAGGUGAUGGUGAUAUACAAGAAGGUUCCUUCAAAACUGCUGAACAGUUGGCUGACGAAUUGGAAGAUUGCAUUUAUGCCGAAUUCAGGAACACCGACAUGCGCUACAAAAAUCGUGUUCGAUCUCGUGUCUCCAAUUUAAAAGACGCCAAAAAUCCAACACUACGUGACAAUUAUGUGUCUGGUGCCAUCACUGCAGCAGUCUUGGCCAAAAUGACACCAGAAGAAAUGGCAAGCGAUGAAAUGAAAAAAGUGCGCGAGAAAUUCGUGAAAGAAGCGAUAAAUGACGCGCAACUGGCCACGGCUGAAGGAACCAAAACCGAUUUGUUGAAAUGCGGCAAAUGCAAAGGUCGCAACUGUACAUACAAUCAAAUGCAAACCCGAUCGGCCGAUGAACCGAUGACAACGUUCGUGCUUUGCAACAUGUGCGGAAAUCGCUGGAAGUUCUGCUAAGAUACAUUCAAAUACAAUUAAAACAACAAUGCAAUUCACUUUCUUUCCGCCUUAUUUUUUCAAAUCUCAAUUAUUGUUGAUUACCGCAAUUUUUAUGUACCAUUGUUAACAUUUAACUUGUGGAAAAAGUCAUUUACACCAAAUAUAUAUCUAUUUGAUGGUUAUCCUUAUA